CGCUGGGAGUGCGCAUGCGCUGGGGCUGAGGAGCCGGAAGGCCGCGGGGCAGCCGAAGCUGUGCGUGAGUGGUGUGCUUCGUUCGGUGGAGAUGCCCAGCCGGGGGGCGCUCCCGGAGGACGGCGCCGGGCUGGUGCCUACUGACAACUCGGCCCCUCACAAAGAGGAUCUUAGCAGCAAGAUUAAAGAACAAAAAAUUGUUGUGGAUGAACUUUCUAACCUGAAGAAGAACAGGAAAGUGUAUAGGCAGCAACAGAACAGCAACAUAUUCUUUCUUGCAGACCGAACAGAAAUGCUUUCUGAAAGCAAAAAUAUAUUAGAUGAGCUGAAAAAAGAAUACCAAGAAAUAGAAAACUUAGAGAAGACCAAAAUCAAGAAAUAGUCAACUUGAUUUCGCAGAACAAUGUGCGGCAUUUGUUGUUCUGUAAGCUUUUCUGCUGAGUGUUUCAGCAAAGGUUGGAAAGAGGAUUUGCAGUAUAAUCUUGAACGACGGGGACCCAAUAGUAGUAAGCAGUUAUUAAAGUCUAACACUAACUACCAGUGUUUAUUUUCUGGUCACGUCCUCCACUUAAGAGGUGUUUUGACUGCCCAACCUGUGGAAGAUGAAAGAGGCAAUGUGUUCCUGUGGAACGGAGAAGUCUUUAGUGGAAUAAAGGUUGAAGCUAAAGAGAAUGAUACUCAAAUAAUGUUUAAUUAUCUUUCCUCUUGUGAGAAUGAAUCUGAUGUUUUGUCACUCUUCUCACAAGUCCAAGGUCCGUGGUCUUUUAUAUAUUAUCAAGCAUCUAGUCAUCAUUUGUGGUUUGGUAGGGAUUUUUUUGGUCGCCGGAGCUUACUUUGGCAUUUUAGUAAUCUGGGCAAGAGUUUUUGCCUCUCUUCAGUUGGCACCCAAACCUCUGGAGCAAC